GCCAGUUCGGGGGGAGGGCAGGGGGUAAAUAGCUAUGAGUGCAAAAGGGGACUCCGACCAUCCCGUCCCCUCCCUUCCUCGCACCCUCAGGAGGGUCAAGAUCAAUUCCUUUUAGCCCGAGCGCUGCCCUGAGGGACUUCGUCACACCUGCAUGAGAUCACAAGCAGGCACUAGCGCACAGGAAAUACCAGGUGCCUAUUAUGUGCCAGGCCUCCGUGCGGGCGGCGAAAUACAUGGGUGACCAAGAUGUGGCCUGUGAAUUCACUGAGCUUACAGUCUCAUGGAGACCGCACAGCGAAGGAGGCAGCCCUGAGACAGUCCCUCGCCUAUUUCCUUGCAAACCCACACUAUGGCAGCCUCAUUAAUGCAGAUGGACAUGCUGAAAUAUGGACAGAUUGGAAUGAUAUGUCCAAGUUUUUCCAAUAUGGAUGGAGAUGUACCACUAAUGAGAAUUCCUAUUCAAAUCAUACCCUGAUGGGAAACUGGAACCAGGAAAGAUAUGACCUAAGGAAUAUUGUGCAGCCCAAACCCUUGCCUUCCCAGUUUGGACACUAUUUUGAAACAACAUAUGACAUGAGCUAUAACAACAAAAGGCCACUUUCAACUCAUAGAUUUAAGAGAGAGCCUCACUGGUUUCCAGGACAUCAGCCUGAGCUGGAUCCUCCUCGAUACAAAUGCACAGAAAAGUCAACUUAUAUGGCUAGCUACUCAGAGCCUCCACUUGGGCAUUACUCUGCCUGUGUGUGGAAUCCUAGUAACUGCCAACAGGUCCAGGAUUCUAAGAAAGAAUAAGAAGCUUCAUUUUUCCAGAGUAAAUUGUAAGAGGGAACACAUUCUAAGCACAAGUAAGAAUUUAGCUGACUAUAAUACAGUUUCACUCUCUGAAUAAAGCACAGUAAAUAUUCCCUAACCCCUUUUUUGUUUGUUUUAAUCAAGAUUUAAAUGUCAAAUUUAAGUUAAUUAUGUCUGCUCUUAGUUCUCUGUUGCGAAGUUGUAGUAGGAGGGGAUUAAAAAGAAUUAUUUUAAAUCUGCAACUACUUUGCUCUUCCCUACCUUCCAUAUGGCAGUACUGCAAGAUCCAGCAUGACUUGGGUUAUGUUUGAUGAGGCGCUUCCUGGAUAUAAGCCGGGUGGUCACAAUCAGAUAUGGUAACUUUAUCAUGACCUUAAUGAAUAUCCCCUCUUAAGGACUACAAAAAGGGGAAAAAGACUUUUAAAAAUUAUUAUAAUGAAUCUAAAACAUAAAAAAUUAGAGUAGUAUAAUGAACUCCCAUAUACAUUACCCAGCUUCAAUAAUUUUUCAUUUUUUCAUUUUUCUAAAGAUUUUAUUUAUUCAUGAAAGACACAGAGAGAGGCAGAGACAUAGGCAGAGGGAGAAGCAGGUUCCCUGGGGAGAGCCUGAUGCGGGACUGGAUCCCAGGACCCUGGGAUCAUGACCUGAGCCAAAGGCAGACACUCAACCACUGAAUCAACCAGGUGCCCCAAUAAUUUAUUUUUUUAAAGAUUUUUUUUAUUUGGGGGAGAGAGAGAGAUUAUGAGUGAGAGCGAGAAAGAAUCUGAAGCGACUCCACAAUGAGCACAGAGCCCAAAAUGGGGCUCCAUCCUACAACCACAAGAUCAUGACCUGAGCUGAAACCAAGAGUUGGGCACUUAACCAACUGACACCCAGGCACCUAGCUUCAACAAUUUAUGACUGAUCUUAACUAUCCUUAUAUACUUUCUCUAUUUAUAAAAUUAAUUUUAGAGCAGAUCUCAGAAAUUAUAUCUUUUCAUCUCCAAAGAUUUCAGUAUAUAUCUCAAAAAGAUAAAAAUCAUCAAUUUUUUAUUCCCCCACAAAGACCAUCAAGGCAACCUUUCAUCAAACAAAGCUGAGGUAUUAAACCUGUAGCAGGGAAGCAUAUCAACUUGACACAGUCUUUGUGAGAAUUCAAAAGGGGGAUGUUCGGGGAGGGUAUCUUGAGAGAUUUGGGGUAAGGACUCUGUUGGUUUAAGACAAAUCUUUCAGGGCACCUGGGUGGCUGGGCAGUUGAGUGUCUGUCUUCCGCUCCAGGCGGAUCCCAGAGUGCUGGGAUCAAGUCCCACAUCAGGCUCCCCACAGGGAGACUGCUUGUCCUUCUGCCUGUGUCUCUGCCUCUCUCUCUGUCUCUCAUGAAUAAACAAAUAAAAUCUUAAAAAAAAAAAAAAGACGGGUCUUUCAAAGUGGGGAACUGGUAGGGAUUGAGACAGGAUCGUGAAUAGUUUGAGCUUAGUGAGCACAGGGAGGCAACAGUCUAAAUUUUAACACAUUUGAACUUAUCAAUAUUUUCCUUUUUUAUUUUGUCUCCUGUUUAUUAUGAUAAUAUAAUGGAUGAAAGAUGUCUCCCAUGUAUUUCCUCCCAAACGUUCAUUAUUUUAUAUUACAAACACAGAUAUGGAAUUUAUGUUGUAUAGGAUGUGAGAUAAUCGAGCUUCAUUUUUUUCCAUAUGACUAUCCAGUUUUCCCAUUAAUUAUUAAUAAUUAUUGAAAAGACCAUACUUUCUCCACUGCUCUUGAACACCAUUUUUAUUGUAAAUCAACUCUCUGUGUAUACUUGGGCCUUUUUCUGGGCCCUCUAUUACAUGCCAUUGGCCUAACUGUCAUUACAUAUGCUAUCUUAUCCACAAUGCCUUAAUUACUUUGCUAUUGUAAUUACGAUAAUUUUGUAAAUCUUAAUAUCAAAUAAAUGAGAUACUUUCA